ACACCCGUUGCAUUUCGGAAUGACGUGUCAAGCAAGUGCCGGAAGCUUUCAGUCUGUCCAAAAUGGCUUACCAGACACUACAACAGGAAUACUUACAGAUACCUGCUGUUACCAGGGCAUAUACAACGGCCUGUGUACUCACAACUGCUGCAGUGCAACUAGAGAUCAUCACACCAUUUCAGCUAUACUUCAAUCCAGAUUUGAUUCUAAAGAAUUACCAGGUAUGGCGACUUAUAACCAACUUCCUGUUUUUUGGUCCAGUUGGCUUCAAUUUCCUGUUCAAUAUGAUAUUUCUGUACAGAUACUGUCGUAUGCUAGAGGAGGGCUCUUUCAGGGGACGCACAGCUGACUUUGUCUUCAUGUUCCUCUUUGGUGGACUUCUGAUGACCAUAUUUGGCACUUUUGUGAGUCUGGUGUUCCUGGGCCAAGCUUUCACUAUCAUGCUGGUGUACGUGUGGAGUCGGCGAAACCCGAACGUUCGCAUGAAUUUCUUUGGCCUGCUGAAUUUCCAGGCCCCCUUUCUUCCCUGGGUGCUGAUGGGAUUCUCACUCCUGCUGGGCAACUCCAUCAUUGUGGAUCUUUUAGGUAUUGCUGUUGGUCAUGUGUACUUCUUUCUGGAGGAUGUUUUUCCCAACCAGCCGGGGGGGGGAAGGUGGCUCAAGACCCCAUCUAUCAUAAAGAUGCUGUUUGACACGCCAGAGGAAGAUGCCAACUACAACCCCCUUCCAGAGGAGCGCCCAGGAGGGUUUGCCUGGGGAGAAGGACAGCGCCUUGGAGGUUAAAUUUAACCCCAGAUCGUCUCUGAUUGCCAGAUCAAUUCCAAGAACAAUUCCUCUAGAGAGAUGAAGGGGACAAACAUGGUCUGGUUUUGACUUGUCUGUUUAGUUCGGGAUGAAGAAUGCCAAACAACCAGAGCUGGUUUGGAGACAGUCUGUUGUUUUUGCAUAUGGGCUCAAAUCAUCCCCAGAAACUCUUCUUGAAGUAAAAUCAGUGCUCUAAGACUAUUUGAGAGAACACAAGCUUUGGAUGGAAUACUGGAUGGUGAGCUUUUGGUGCUCAUUUGAUGUUUGUCUUCAUAUU